AUGAUAUAUUUUAUUGAGGUACUCUGGAGCAAGGGGAUAAAGAAAUUGCUUCCUCUCUUUCCUUUGCUCGUCAAGGGACAAAAUCUAUAUAGAUUGAAAACCUACAAACAGCUCUGGAAGAAUGAGGGACAAAGAAGGAAUGUUCUUGUUGAAAAGCAUAGACGAGGGACAUCUGCAUGGAUUAAAAGAGCAAAGAGGAAGAAAACUUGUUUUAGCAAUGAAGGUUCAAAGGCUACGAGCCGAGGAAAAUCUUGGAAUGUUUUUCAUUGUGAAAGAGCGUCUCAUACGAGUUAUCCUGAACGAGGCAAACAUUUUGGCGCAGAGAAAGGGGACUCAUUAUCAAGACAUUCAACCACUAAUUGCAAUAAUCAAAAGUUUAAUUUGAAACAUCGAGCUACGGUAAGAAAAUCGAAAGAUGUACAUACUAAAUCCUUUCAGAGACCUCAAAAGAUAGUCUUCCAGAAUGGAAAUAACGAGAUUCAUUCAAAUCAUGGUUCUUUCCAAAAACGUUUCGAGCCUCCGGUAGGGCCUCAUUAUAGAAGUGCACCAUUAUGUUCACAUUCUAGUGAAUUCCUGGGUGAAAUCUCUUAUCAUGGUCCAUUGGUCAUGCCUCCAUCACAAAAUACUGUUUUCAAUCACAGAUCCUUCCAUAAUCUGUAUGACAUGCGAGCACCACAGAUGGCUCGUAUGAACUCUCGGCAGUUCCUUCCUAUAAGAACGGCGCAUGGACAAUGGACUAAUGAUCUUUUGAACUGCUCAGUUCAUGGAUGUAACGAACCUGGAUCGAAUGCAUGUGCCAUAUUUGCAUGUUGGAGAUGUUGUCAAAGGGCGGGGGUGGUUUGCAAUGUUCAUCGAUGAUAACUACCUACUCUUGAUGCUACAAUACCAGAACUCCCUUGGUUGGUACCAAUUUUUGAUAUCAAAAAGUUUUGUUAUUGCUACUUUAUUUUUUCCGCCUCAAGUGUCCUACUCCUUGAAGGUGCAAGCUAGUAUAUUAAUUUUUGUUCUCUCUAUCCUUUUGAAUCAAUCUUUGUCUUCAUGUAGGAGCCAUUUGACAAUUUAGGGACAAACUAAAAGGAAUGGUGGAGUAAAUUUUGUAGCUUCCUCUAUUGUGAUGGACAUGCACCCUCUAUUUUAUUAGUUACAUUUCUUGUUUAUAUUUUAUCCAAUCACUAUUUUGACCCUUAAGAUCUUUACUUACUCUUAGCCAAAAAUUACAAAUAGUUGAUCUUAUACAUAA